AUGGGCUCUUUGGAAAUGCAUCCAUACAGGGGGUUUUUUUCUGUCUUUACAGCACUUGGUGAAGGGAAGGAUGGAUUUAUUCGUUGUCCUCUUGAGGCUCUCAAUUGGAGUGAAAGAAAGUACUUAAUCUUGGAGGAGAUCCUCACCCACCGCCCUGACAUUGUUUGCCUUCAGGAAGUUGACCAUUACUAUGACACUUUCCAGCCAAUCAUGGCCAGCCUAGGUUAUCAUGGUAGCUUCCUGGCAAAACCCUGGUCUCCUUGUUUAGAUGUGGAGCAAAACAACGGUCCUGAUGGUUGCGCGUUGUUUUAUCGCAGCUCGCGCUUCUCCUUACAGACCACACUUCAUCUGCAGCUGUCAGCAAUGAUGUUACCCACCAACCAGGUGGCCAUUGUGCAGAUACUCAACUGCCAGCUAACAAGCCAACAACUUUGUGUGGCUGUCACACAUCUGAAAGCGCGAAGUGGCUGGGAUAAGGUGAGGAGCGCACAAGGUGCUAAUUUGCUCCAGAGCCUCCGAAGCAUAACUUCCAGGAGUAGGGGCGGCAAUGUGCGUUUAUCAGGGACAAAUCCUCUUGUGGUAUGUGGAGAUUUUAAUGCAGAGCCUUCAGAGGAUGUUUACCGCCGCUUUAGAUCCUCUCCACUUGGCUUGGACUCUGCAUACAAGCUGUUGAGCGCUGACAGACAGACGGAGCCACCGUACACGAUCUGGAAGAUCUGCCCGACUGGAGAGAGCUGUAGCACGCUUGACUAUAUCUGGUAUACACAAGAUUCCUUGAGUGUGGACUGUCUGCUUGAUAUUCCUACUGAAGAGCAGAUAAUUCCAGACCGCUUGCCCUCGUUUCACUACCCGUCAGACCAUUUAUCGCUGCUUUGUGACAUCAGCUUCAAAGAGGCACCUUAAUGCAGCCUUAUUCACGGAACUAUUGAAAGUUGAAUAACGAUAAACGCCUCUGAACAAAGAUUUAUGCUUGAGUAAGUGAGGAGAAUCUGCUUAUUUUUGUCUAGUUUUUGUAAAGAACUGGUUAGUGUGUAAUUUUCUUAGGUCUUUAAGUUGAGUGAAAUGUUUAGUGUUGAUGUGAUGUGCAAUAACACUGCAAAAUAUCAUUCUCAAUAAACAUUACCGAAGUUAUGAUGUGGUUGUAAAGUAGUUGGAGUUUCACCACUUUAUCUAUUUUUCAAUACCGUAAUUGAUUUGUGAGAAUUCUUGAAAUAAAUUGCAUUUCAGUACUUCAUACAA